AUGGCUACAAACAAAGAAAAUACGAUUUUGGCGAAAAGCGACUCCCGCUCAAGCUUAAACUUCUUAUCAGAUGAUAGCGAUAUUUUUGAAAACGCGAAAGAAAAUGAUAUACUAGCGGCAGAUUCUCCUCUGCGUAAUCCUCCAACUACUUCGGCAGUUGUCGAGAAAUUAAAAAAUAAUAAUAAGAAACACUCUCUUAGUUCUAGGUUUCUUAUGGCUAAGGCCAACAAGACUGCAAACACCGCAGAUACAACUAAACAGCAAAAGCGCAAAAAGCGCCUGGCAAAAUCGUUGAAAAAAGCCAAACAAAAGCUGACAGAGAAACAUCUCAACCUCAUUCCAGAGGGUGUUUCAUUUAAACCCCUCCCUAAGGUCAGUAACACUGACAUAGACAAUAUGGAGAGUGAGGACCUCAUCCCGGGUACUCCAGAGUCCCAACAGGGAAUAUUUAACAACUUUGAGAGGUCCCACUUCUCAGCAGUGAAUGACCUGCAGACUUUCAUUGCCAAACACAAGCUGAAAAGCAAUGCUGCAGUUGAGCUUAUGGGGAUUUUUACCCGUCUUGUUGAAAGCUUAGACAUGGGAGCAAUAAACAAGAGGAUAGAAACUUUAGAACAAAAAGUGGGCAUUCCAGCGUCACCUCCAGCCCAACCUAUAACAACAAAAACGUAUGCCUCAGUGGCUCAGCAGUGGUCGCAGGGUCUCCUGCCCACGCCAAAUUUACAAAUACAGAAUAGGGAUCAUAAUCCUCCUAUACCUAAUACAGCUAAACCACCAGCUAAACCACCAGCUAAACCAUUAGCUAAACAAUCAGCUAAAACACCAGCUAAACAACCAGUAAGACAACGGACUCCUGAGCAAGCCAAAAGGCAGAAAAUAACACAGAAGGCAGAAUUUGUGGCCUUGCCCACAAUCCUAGUUGCUCCUCUAAACUCAGACCCAAUGGAGGAGGUAAACACUUCUAACCUCAAUAUAAAAUCUCUCCUGGAGGCAAAUAUACGCCCCAAAGCUCUAGGGGUCAGAAUUAUUUCUUGUAGGGAGGCAAGAUCGAAAAACAUCCUGAUCUCGGUCCCCACCCAGGAAAUGGCCUCAAAACUCUUGGAGGCAAUUAAUGUACAUGCCUACCUCAAAACUAUUUGUGAGGCACGCUUUCCACAAAAGCGUGACCCGCAAAUUAUCAUAUACGAUGUUGACAACACCGAUCAAAACAAAAAUGUUGAAGAAGAAAACUUCGUAAAUAGAAUUAAGGCAGAUAAUAAUUUACCGGAUGGUAAAAUUAGAGUGCUAUUCAGAAAACCAGGCAGGGGCGCUAGGUCACACUGGGUUUUGUCUCUAUCCCCAAACAUCUUUAAGGUCAUUCAAAACGACAAAAGGCUGCAUUACGGAUUCGGAUCCAAGAAAUUUAAAGAACAUCUUGAGCCGAUCCGAUGCCAAAAUUGCCUCAGAUUUGGCCAUACCAAAAAUACCUGUACUGCACCAAUAGCUUGCAGCAAAUGUUGUGAAAACCAUGCAACAAAAACUUGCAAUAAAAAUAACAAAACGUGUCGGUUCUGUCGCGAAAGUAACAGAAAACAAAAAACUACUUUCAAAACAGACCACUCUGCCACCUCUCUAAAUUGUCCCUUCUAUAAGAAGAACAUCGAAAAACUUAAAGCUCAUACCAAUUAUGACUAG